UGAUGACAGUCUGGGUUAUGAAUAUCCUUUCACUUUGAAAGCAGUUCAAAAAGAUGGUCUACUUUGUGCCUUGUGUCCUUGGUAUAGUUUUUGUCGGGGAUGUCGUAUAGAAUGCUGUGAUGCAGAUUUCAAUUUUUCAGCAGCAUAUAUUGCAAUUGAUUGGGAUCCAACAGCAUUACAUCUUAGAUAUCAAGCUUCACAAGAAUUGGUAUUUAUGGAUCAUAGGAGUGUAGAACAAACCAGAAGACAGCAGACAGAACCUAUUAAUUUACAUGAUUGUCUUGAAGCUUUUACUAAAGAAGAAGAACUUGGAGAAGAAGAAAAAUAUUACUGUUCAAAAUGCAAACUGCAUCAGUUAGCUUCAAAAAAAUUACAAAUUUGGAGAUUGCCACCCAUUUUGAUUGUUCAUCUAAAACGUUUUCAGUUGCUAAAUGGUCGAUGGGUAAAGUCACACAAAAUAGUUCACUUUCCAUUCCAUCAGUUUGAUCCCACCGAUUAUCUGGGAUCCGAACCAAAGAGUGCAGUAAUGAACUGGAGGAAGCAGAGGCAUAACAAAACACUUUCUCACAGUAACAGAGAUAUAACUCUUAUUACAAACUGUAAUGAUGAUAUAGCUUUAAUGCAAAAUAAAGACAGUGACAAUAUAUUUCAAGUUCCACUGAAUCAAAAUUGCAAUCAACAUUCAAUUAAUGUUCCUAGUCAAGAUAAGCUCAUAACUUCAUCAUUAAAUUCUAAGAAAGAUACAAAUAAAUUAUUGAACGGUAGUGUGGUUUUUGAACAUCCCUUAAGUGAAAAAUUUGAGAACAAUAAUUUGGAUCUGGGUGAGAAAUGCAAAGAUCAAAUGAAUAUCCAUAACAUAAAAAAACAGGAAGAAAACUUUCAGGAUUAUCAUCAACAUCAACUUCAAAGUGGAUAUGAUCCAUUAAGUUUAAAAUAUAAAUUAUAUGCACUUGCAUGUCAUUCUGGCAUUCUCGGAGGGGGACAUUAUAUAUGUUAUGCCUGCAAUCCUAACAAUCGAUGGUAUUGCUAUAAUGACAGCAGUUGUAAGGAAUUAGAACUUGAUCAGAUAGAUGCCAAUUCAGCCUAUAUGCUGUUUUACGAACGAGAAGGCCUGGACUACGAAUCGUACAUGCCUGACGUGAGCGGACGACUUCCAGACAUGAAAGAAAUAGAAGAUGAAUUUGAAAACGAUUUCAGGAAGAUGUGUUCUAUACAAUAAAAACAGUAACUGUUAUUUUGGUGAAUACAGGAUGAAAGCCAAAAAAUUAUAAAUAAGAAAAAUUUUUAUAGUUGUGUGAAAAUAUUUGUGUAUAUAAUUGCCAAAAAUAUGUCAUUCCUAAAUUGAUUUUCUAUUCAUAUUAAUAUUACUGCUUUAGAAUCAAUUUAGUAAAAUAAUCUUUUUGUUAGGAUUUGACAUAUCAGGGUCUGAGAAGCCAUCACUGUGAUUAGACAAUAUCUCACAGAAGAGAAUUGUCUUGAAUUAUAUACUGGUCAUUGUUUUAUCUUUAUGUACAGAAUUCAUUAUUGCCACAAAGUUGUAUCCUCAAUUAAUUGAUAACAUGCUGAUUAUACAAGAGAAGUGGCAAGAAAAAUAUUCUAAUUUACCCCAUUAUUUGUAAAUUGAACAUAAAAGUAUUUAUCAUGAUAAACAUAUUAUUAUUCACAUUAUGUAAAAUUGCUUUAACAUGUUUGCAAGACAAUUUAGUUUGCUCAUUAAUAUUGAAAAAUAUUUGGAUAAUCUUAUAGUGCCAUUCACUUGUAUAUUAUUUUCUUUAAACACAAAACAUUAGAUUAAAUCACUUUUUAUCUUGUAUAGUUUCUGUAUAUUAUAUACUGGAUGAAUCAGAUAAUUGUUUUGUACUGUAUCAAGAAUUAGAAAAAAAAAA